UCGAUUUUAUUUUCCUGUGAUCGCAAAUGACCUGACGCUCAAAAUGGCGGCAAGGGGAGAUCCUCCGUUGACCGACAGUCAGCUCCGUGAAGAGUUGAUUUCGUAUGGAUACACGCCAGGUCCGAUAACAGGAACCACUAGAUCUUUGUUUCUGAAGAAGCUCGACAAACUUAGAAUUGAGAAGAAGAACAUUACUACAAAAGCAGCUUCCAGAAAGGUUUCAUCGCCCAAGGUAUUCGCAUUGAGUUCGGAUGAAAGCGAAGGAGAGGCUGUGGGAAAUUCCAGGGUAACUGCCCCGGUCAGUGCAACUAGACGCCGCAGUGGUGCACGGGUUGCGCGGCCAGCGCCCAAAACAAAGCGCAAUUCAGUUGGUGUUAAAAAUUCUCAAAGUGCACGAAAGACAAGUUCGAGAAGGUCUUUAGGAGUUGGUAUAAAUGACCAUGAGGUUGAGGAUGACGUCAAUGAUGAUGGGAGUGAAAAAAGUGAUCGUGGACAUGAAUAUCAACAUCGGAAUGACAGAGACUUUCGUGGUGGACCGUCAACGAAUGAUGUUUCUAAUUCAAGAACGGUAAAGGGUAGGAGAAGGUCGAUCAGGCAAGGAAGAGGUGCAGGGGACAGUAAUUCGAACAGAGUUAAUGGUGAACAACUCGGUGACACUACUGUCACUAGUAGUACUGCUAGUACUAGUAGAAGGGGAGAGUUCUCGGACUCUGAUGAGGAAUUGUUUGAUAAAGGUGUAAAAACAAGAACAAAGAAACAACCGACUGUUGCUAGAACUUCUGAAUCUUAUAAGUUUUCCAAAGUUAAAUCUAAACCAGGUGUGAUUGUUCAUGAUGAGGAGGGGGAUGAUGAUGAUGAAUAUGUUGAAGAAGAUGAAGAUGACUCUGCUAGUGAUAAUUCAGGGAAAAGGAACACGUUUGUUGUUAAUUCGUCAAAAGAUGGAUCUCGUAAAGAAGACAGCAGGAGAGGGAGGUGGAAUUUUCUCUCUGGUUCAUAUAAAUCAAAGACAGAUUCACCACCUCGCAUCACAUCAAAUACUUCAAGAUCUAAGGACACGGAUACAUCUUCAAACUGGACAUUUUUCACUUCUCCGUUCAAUUCAUCUCGUACAUCGACUCCUAGAAAAGCCAGCUCAAGCAGAGAUGAUACAACCUACCACUCCAUCAACCCUGGGAACUCAUUUCAACAGGAUGCCCCAGCAAGUGCUGCAGCAACUCCUGUCAGUGGUAGGCCAACUUUGAGAGGCUCCACAUUAGAUGCAUCAUCUAGCAACCAUGCAUCAUUUCAUGGGCAAACACCAACACCGAUGAGCAGCGGCUUUAGACAAGACUACUCUACACCAGCACCAAAUGAAAAUAGGUUUGAGACCAAUGCUCAGACUCCACUCAGGGAACAGUCACUGGAUGAGGCUCAGAUAUUUGCUACAGAAGAGAAUCUUGGUUCUAGUUGGAGAACUCAAUACAGUCAUUUUGUUUCUAAAGUGCUUCUUGGGAGUGUCUGCCUGUUCUUCAUCAUGCUUGGGCUGAUGUACUUGAGUGUCAACAGUACUGUGAAAUCCAGAUAUUUGCAAAUUGCUGACAUUACAGGUGGAGAUGAUGUGGAUUUUUCUGGUGAUGAGCUACCACUGCUGAUGGGACAGGCCUUGCAUGAAAAACUGAGUGAAAUAAGAGGUGAUUUCCUGUGUGGUAAAUCCCCUGUAAAGAAUAUGACGAUGGAAGAAGCUAAGAUUUAUUUAGAGGAAUAUCCCUCCAUUCAAAAACGUACACCAAGAAGCAAUCCAUUUUGGGUGUCAGAGUACAUGCCCAGAACUCUUUUCCUUAUUACUUCAAAUCCACAAUGGAGUAUAAGGCUGUUUGAUAAAGAGAACGAACAUCUGACAGAAUACAGGUAUGAUAACGAUGUGAAGUGGCUGGAAUCUACUCAUGAAUACAUGACCUUAUUCUGUCAGGUCAAGACUACAGCAAUCAAACUUCUCUUCUGGGCUACCAUCCUCGUUAUCUCUCUUUUGGUAUUGUGGCCAGGUUUCUAUCUUAUAAAGUACCAGAUGCAGAGGAAAGAACAGGCACGGCAAGAAGUCACUCAGCUUGUAGAAAAGAUUAUUGAGGUCCUUGCUAACCACCAACAAGCCUGCUACCAAGACAAGAGUUUGACACCAUACCUAGCUAUUCCUCAUGUCAGAGACACACUGAUCCCUCCAGCUGAAAGACAUAAGAAGCAGCACCUGUGGCAGAAGGCUGUACAGUUCCUGAACGUCAAUGAAUCUCGUGUGAGAGUAGAGACACAGCAGGUUGCUGGUGAAGAGUUUGCUGUAUGGAGGUGGGUUCAACCGUCUCCUGCUGUGGCUGUCACAUCGUUUGUACCCAUCACUGAUAGGGAUAUGAAUCCCAAAAGAGCAAAGGUGUGGCAAGGAACAGCUUUUGCAAGCCUGGAUAGUGCAGUGAAAGCCAGUGCCUAUAACUACACUCCGUGCCUCAAAGUCAGAAAUAUGUUUGAUCCUACACUGGAGUCUGGAAGCAACUGGCAUUUGACCAUACAGGAUGCUAUCUUAGAGAGAUGUGGGGAUGACAGUGGUAUCAUGCACAUUGCUGUCGAGAAGACUUCUAGAGAGGGAUGUGUCUAUGUGAAGUGUGUUUCUUCAGAGAAGGCAGGCAUAGCAUUCCGGUGCCUUCAAGGAAGCUGGUUUGAUGGUAAGCUUGUGACAGUCAAAUACAUUCGACUUGACCGAUACCAUCAGCGUUUCCCAUCAGCUCUUAAUGUGACAUCAUUGCUGAAACCUUCCAACAAUCUCCGUAUGUCACUCCAGUCGCCUCCCAGCUCACCCAGCUGAUCACCCCUUUGUGACUUUCUGCUUUUCUAGUUUAUAUUGAUAUGAAGGAAGAGAAUGUGAGUUGUUAUUAAUCUCAGAGGCCCCUUUUAUACCAAAGCCAAGUAUGGUGCCAAGCAAGUUAACCCCUUUUCUCCUGCAACCAAACAAAGUGAUCGCAGGACGUUCAUAUUUUCUAUUGAGGUAUUAAAAGGAAAUGUUAAGAUAGUGGCAGUGAUAUAGUGGAGGACAGGAGUUCCGAGUCACUAGACAGCUAAGGAAAACUCUCUUCCAUAGACUUUGUACAGUGACUCAAGACCGAGGCCUGCAAAAUGUGGCCAUGAGGUCAACCUGGACUCCCAUUUGUAUUAGAGGCUUGGUUACCCUGUUUGAAAAGGAAAAACUAGGAAAAUAUUUCCUUACAAAUAGUAUUUUCCAACUUAUCAUAAACGUACACUGGUCUAGAUGAUUGAAGGAUUUGAUGUUCUUGAUAGAUCGGAUGGUUGUUUUGUUUUAAGCAAUAUAUUUUCGUCUAGUAUAAUUUCAGAAAAGGAACACUUGUCAAAUGUAUUCCACCUUGUGUUGUAUAUUUCUUUUCUAUUUUUCUUGGAAGACAUUCCACCAGACAACAUAAAUAGUCUUUAAUUUAUCUUGCUGUUUGUAGAGGCAUAUCAUGUUUGGAAAUUUUGGCGAGGAAUAAAGUUGUGCAAGACUUGACCAACAUCUGAUGACCUUUUCUUGGUUUGCCAAAUCAGAUCCCCAGUCAUUUUGAUGCCAAUCAUUUGAAGUUUUAAUCCAAUAUUUCUAACUUAAAAUUCUUGUCAACAUUUCAUAUUCUUUUUGUGUACAAGCUUCUGAAUGUACAGUCUAUUAUUUAUCAAUAUUUUUAUCAGAAGACUAUAGAAAUUUCAUUCAAACUAUGUUAAACACACAAAAAAAAAACUUGGGAACAAGAAUAGAACUCAGUUGUGUGUAAAGUUAAUCGUAACUUACUCUAUGAAACACCCACUUGGGUCUUCAAAAAGUAGGAUAUUAAGUCACCCAAAAAAUUGCAUGAAAUCAUAGUAAACAAGAAAUAUGAAAGGAAGAAAAAGUAUGAAUGCGAUUUAAUUUAUUAAUUGAUCGUAUUUUAAUGGUAAGGAAAGGUUAAUCCAAAAUAAUUUUUGAAGAUUGAAGCUGGGAGUUAUUUCAUUAUCUACCUCUUGUAGAUUGGUUGGUAAGAGUGAAAGAUAAACAUGUAUAGAGUGUAAAGAUUGUACAUUGUUGAUUACUGUAAAGUGAAAGGAAAUAGUGAUGUGUUUGAAAUGAAAACCACACAAAAUUCAUGAUCAUACUGAUGGCUGGUAUAUUAGUGAAUGCACAAUAUUUAUUAGUAAACAGUUAUAUGAAUGAGAUAAAUGAUCAAUUAUUGGAAUAAAAAUUAAACUUUAAAGAGAGGAUGAUUAGGUAUUAUUUGUUUUGUUGAAUUGAUUUUAAUUGAUCUAAUGAUUUUUCUCUGUAUAACAAUUUUUGUGUCUAAUGAUUUUAGUUAUGUUAUUUUGAAUUGAUCUCAUACCAGCCAUUAGUGAUUAUGUGAUUCUGUGUGGUUAGUGUAGAUGGUUCUGUGUGAUAAGUUAUUGUAUCCUACAUUAUAUUUGAAAGGAGUUGGUAUAUAGCAUUGUAAUCAUUAGAUUGUUGAGUUUGGUUUCAAUUUGGUCGAUUUCAUCUUGUGGCUUGUAUUUUAUCUACAUUGCUCCUGACCAUCUUUGUUGAAUACCCUGUAGGGUGCGACGUUUUUGUUGGAUAAGCAUAUGAAUAUGACAAGGCUAGGAGAAUACUCCCCAAGGGGAUGGAGAGGGUGCACUAUGAUACCGAUUGCUUUGAACGAGUGGGGUCCGACUAAAAUAUCUUGUGUAUUUCCACAUCAUUGCACUAGUCAGAUCAUGUUUUGGGCACAAUACUAUUCGAUGGCAGGCAAAAUCUUGUUUAGGGCUCGAGAUGAUUUCACCCCCGAAAUGCUCAAAAGGGCCCUGGAAAUUAAGUAAAAACGUGACCUGGAAAAUUCCCAUUCAUUGUAAUGUUAAAGCUUCUCAAUUGUUCCAGAUUCAGCCAGUAGACAUAUGUUGGAAAAAGUAGCCCCGGAAUAUAAACAUUUUUUUUUUGUCUGUAUGAUGUUAAUGUUCAUAUUUAUAUAUAUUCUCAUACUGCAACUAUACUUUGUUCAGUAAGUUGAAAAAUAAACUUCAUAUAUAAGUUAGGAAAUUAUUAGAGGAUGCAUCAGGUCAUAUGCAUGUAAUUAUUCUUAUAAUCGAAUAGCAGUUACGGGAUCAUCUUAAAACUUGUUUCAAGUUUGCACAAGACGAAGAUGUGAUCAGAUUUUAGGGUCAUGAGGUCAGAGUUCACAGGUCAAUGUACAUCGAAAUACCCCAUCUUGCAAUAACCAAAGAACCGUUAGAGGGAUCAACUAGCUCAUGUAUGCAUAUAGACAUGAUGAUGAUCUGAAAAGAUAUUGGAGUCAUGGGUUCAAAGGUCAUAUGACUCAAAAUAUUUUUCUUGCAAUAACUAGAGAGCUUCUUGAGAGUUCAACUUCCAUUUUCUCUCAUGUAUGCAAAUGUGAGUGAGGAUGAUCUGAUUGAAGGUCGUAGAGGUCAUUAUUUGAAUUUCUUUAGAAGUUUGGUAUGUAACAUAUUUCUGAUCUUGCAAUGGUGAAGGCAUAGGCCCGUAUUCUGAAGUCGGGAAUAACUUAGACCAUGGUUUAACUCAGUGCUAAAAAUUAUGGAAAGCCAAACAUGUCAAAAUUUUGUUUGCAUUGUAUGCUCCUUAUGUUCACUGCUCUUUCCUGAAUUUUCUUUAUCCUUCCUAGACAGUUAAGAAUGGUUUUGAAAAUAAAAUGAGCUGAUUCAUUGAUCCUCUACUGUUAGAGAUUUAUGUCAUAAUUAAAUACUUCAAUCGCAACUGCAGACCAGAGUUUAAAUUAAACACGACUUCAGAAUAUGGGUCAUGGAUUUUGGCUUUAUGCAGUUGAGUAUCCAUCUACAUGUAGUUUUGUAUAAUUAUCAGUAUUAUUCAUUGUCUUGUUUACUCGUCAAUUGUGUAUGUAGUGUACAUUUGAUAUAUCAGAUAUCUUCUCUGUUUUAAUGUGCUAUCUUGUUAUCCUGGGUUUCAACAAUUUAUUAAUUAUACUGUGAAAACAUCAGCCCAAACAGGGUCUUCUUAUUGAUAGCAAGUUUCAAGCUACUGAUAUUCCGGCAUUUGAUUAGCCGAGAGCAGACUUGGUAUAUAAUUUAACAAUUUAUUAUUUAAAACAAAGCUUUGUGAAACAGGGCCUUGUGGCGUGCCUUUCAUUGAUGAUAUUGAGUACAGAUUUUCUUCUUGAACAGUUUAGAAUACCACAGAUCAAGUAGGAAUUAUUUAUUUUCAAAGUGUUUUUGUAUGAUACGAUUACUCCAAUUUUUUUAAAAGUCAUAUUUAUCCCUUCAAAUUUAACAACAAAUAAGAAUGCCAAUUAUUUACUUGUACCCGAUGUUGUAGAAAUUGAUGACAUGAACAAAGGAUUUACAAUAUAAAAUUGCUUACAUUAUCUAAAGAUAUUGUAAUGCAAUGAUUUGGUGCUAUUUUAAAAAUCAUAUAACUUUCUAUUUAUGUUAUAUUGCUAUGGAAAUUUAAUUGUUGGUUUCACAAAUGUUAGAUAUUUUACAGUAAUUAAUGAGCAAAAUAGUUACCAUCAAUGGUCAGUUUGCCACUUUUCACCAGUAGGCCAAUAUAAAGAUGCUUAAUAGAUGUAA